AUGUACCUUGUUACCCUGAUGGGGAACUUGAUCAUCAUCCUGGUCAUUGGCUCUGACCAGCACCUCCACACCCCCAUGUACUUUUUCCUGGCCAACUUGUCCUUCAUUUAUACCUGCUUCACCUGCACCAUUGUCCCCAAGGUGUUAGUGAACAUCCAUUCACAACAUCACACCAUGUCCCCCACUGGGUGCCUCGUGCAGAUGUACUUCUUCUUGACAUUGACCUUGCUGGAUGACUUUCUGCUGUCUGUGAUGGCAUAUGAUUGCUAUGUGGCCAUCAGUCUUCCUCUACACUACACCACCCUCAUGUGUCCCCAACGAUGCCUGCUGCUGGUGGCCACUUCCUGGCUCUUUUCCGAUCUCCUGGCCUUUUCACACACUUUCCUAAUGGCUCAAGUCUCCUUCUGUGCCUCCCAUUCCAUCCCCAACUUUUUCUGUCAUCUUCUUCCCCUCCUCAAACUUGCCUGUUCAAACACCAGUACCUUGCAAAUCAUGAUGUUCACUGAAUCUGCCCUCUCAGGUGUAGUCCCUCUCAGUUGUGUCUUUGUCUCCUAUGCCCACAUAAUGCACACCAUCUUCAGAAUCCCUUGUACUAGGGGGAAACACAAAGUCUUCUCCACCUGUGGUUCUCACCUGACAGUGGUCACUCUCUUCUAUGGGUCCCUCUUUCUGGUAUACUUCCAGUCCUCAUCCUCCUACUCAGCAGAAUUUGGAAUUGUGGCAUCUGUAGUAUACACAAUGGUCACUCCUAUGCUAAACCCCUUUAUCUACAGUCUGAGAAACAAGGAUAUGAAGCAGGCCUUGUUGAGACUACUUAGCUGGGGAAGAUGUACUGCUGCAUAA